GAUUCCCUUUCUAUGUAGUUUUCCCCCAUUUUCAAUCGUGACAGCUAAAUUUCAAUAACAAAAAAUCCAGUUCGAGAAUAGAACUUGACGAGUGAUCGCAUUCAAUAUUUUCGUAUCGUGAUUCGUGAUAAUUUAAUUUGAAUUUAUUACUACUAUGGCUGACGAAUUGAAGAACGUUAACAUAAAUUCGAAUGUAAACGAUCUCUGGGAGAUCUACAAGAAGGAGCACAACAAGUCAUUCGGUGAUCCGGAGGAGGAAAACCGCAGAUUUCAAAUAUUCGUCGAAACAGUCAAAACGAUAAUCGAGCACAACGCUAAACAUGAGCGUGGAGAAGUCACAUUCAAAAUGGGCAUCAAUGCAUUCUCUCAUUUACUUCCCGAGGAAAGACCGGGUGGUUACAAAAAACCUGCAUAAUGCGAAUGGUAAAGGAUGUACGUGGCUUUUCAACCGAUUUAAUGUUUUGUAAAUUUCUUAUUUUGUUAACAAUUAUAAUAAGGCGAUCUGAUGACUCGA